GUGAUUAGAGAGCAUUAUAAGUAUGUUAAUGAGCAAAAGAGCAUAAUGCAGGCUUUGAGUAAAGACGUGAACAUGGUAAAAAAGCUUGUUGAUGAUUGCCUUACUGGCCAGCUAUCAUCCUCACUCUGUCCCCAUGAUGCAGUUUCUGCCUUGGGCCCCAUGUAUGAAUCCCAUGAGAAAAGUUAUCUUCCCAAGAUGCAAUCUUGUGAUAAGAUCAUUUACUGGCUUGCUUGCUUGAUUUCUGCAAGGACAAAAAGAAAGAAAUGAACACGUUCGUCCACAAUUACAUGCAAAAGAUAGCAUACAUCCAGUUCAUGAUAAAGGAUAAACUUAAACAUUGUCUGGGGAAUCGGGCCAGCAUAUAGAGCUUGCCUUGCAGAAGUGGUUAGAAGGAAGGCUUCAAUGAAGCUUUACAUGGGCAUGGCGGGACAGUUGGCCGAAAGGCUUGCCGCCAAGAGGGAAGCAAAGGUUUCUAGAACGGAGGAGUUUUUGAGAGUUCACUGUCCAUACAUACCAAGCGAUGUUUUGUCUUGCAUGGGAUUGUUUGAUACUCCUAGCAAGUGUGACGUAAAUAUGACCCCUUUUGAUACCAAGUUGCUCGACAUUGAUAUCCCAGGGCUUGACCAUUAUGCCCCUGAGUAUUUGUUGGGACUCUCACACAGAGGCAAGGUUGAUGAUUGUGGUUUUGAACUUCCUGAGAAGAUUGAUUCGGUUGAAUUUCUCGAUAUUGUUGGAAUGAGCAAGAUAGAAGUUGAAAAUGCAAAACUGAGAGCAGAACUUGCUUCUAAGAUAGCCUUAAUCUGUUCGAUUAUCCCUGAAGUUGGUUAUGAAUCUUUUGAUGAUGAGGGUAAAAUGGACCGUUUGCUACAGGACGUUCAAGAGAAAACAUCUGAAGCCAUAUGUUUGAAAGAAGAGCACGAGAACCAUCUUAAAUCCAUGCUAAAGAUGAAGCAAAUGCAGUGUGAAUCAUAUGAAAAACGGAUUCAGGAGUUAGAGCAACGUUUGUCUGAGCAUUAUAUGCCUAGCCAUAAUGGUUCUGUGGGUGAGGGCGUAUCAAAUCUUACCACUUCAUGUGCGUCUAGUUCAUUGGAAGAUAAAACAGGGAAUCUUUCUAAACAGGGAAAGACACAAGAAGUGUUAUAUGAUAACAUGACUGAUUCUUCUAGUACGGUUAACCCUCAAUUGGAUUCAUCUAUGGUAGAUCCUCACCGCGAUGAAGAGCACGACCAGUUUUGUGACGAGGCAAAUGAGACAUUAUCAAGCUCUAUGGUUCUGAGCAUGUCUCGCCUGUGAGUGCUUCAUUACCUUCUGAACCAGCUGCUGGUCCUGCUUUUUGUUCAAGACUAAGUGAAGAUGUUGUUAUUGAGUUGCAAAAAGCACUCAGUGGAAAUUCAAGCCAACUGAAUGAAGCAGAAAAUGAAAUCAAAAGGCUGAGGAAUGAGGUUGACAAGUUAAAUGGGGAUUUUGAGAACAAAAGGAAGCUCCUUGAUGAAUCGCAGAUAAAUUAUGCUCACUUGGAGAACUGUCUUCAUGAAGCAAGAGAGGAAGCUCAAAACCAUCUGUGUGCAGCCGAGAGGGUCUCAGAGUACAGCACACUGUGUUCUUCUGCAGUUAAAAUGGGUAGCCUCUUUGAGAGGUUGAGAGCUUGCAAUUUAUCUGGUGGCACUGCUGGUUUUGCCGAGUCUCUACGUGCUUUGUCUCAGUCUUUACCAAAUUCAAUCAAUGAAAAGGAGGAAGACAGUACUGCUGAGUUCAGAGAAUGUGUUUGGGUGCUCGCUGAGAAUGUUGGUGCUUUGUCAAGGAGUCACUCUGAACUACAGGAAAGGUGUUCAAAUGUGGAAGCUUCUAAUAAGCUUCUAAUGGCAGAAUGCGAAGAGAAGAAAGAGUUGGUUAACACCCUCUAUAAGAAACACCAACUUGAGAAACAGGUACUAUAUCUCAUAAGUUUUUUACUGCUUGUGGUAAACAGAUUUGAUUCAAUCAUUGAUGUCAAUCCACCUAAUCCAAACUUUGAAACCCCUAAAAAAUGGUAUAAACAUACGUCUAUGUUCAGAAGAAAUAGUACUAAACACAUUCAUAUUAAAGUAAGACUUAUAAAACACAUUAACAUGAGAGAUGAGAUCGUAGAUCUUAUCAAGAGG